CGUGACUUCAUCAUCAUCAUUUUUUCAUCUCGUGUUUUUUUCUACAGUAGCGUAGUGGUCGAUUUUUGCAGCCUCUAUUUUCUUUGCGGUGUGCAGCCGAGUUUCUCACUGAAUUGACCAGCAGUGCGUUGUAGGGAAGAUCGGUACAUUUGGUGGCAGCCGCAUCGGCCGAACCCAUCGUCGAAUCAGGAUCAGCAAAAAGGAGGUGGUGAAGAAGUUUCCAGCAAAGUCCGCGGACUACACAUCGACACUCCCCCGUCGCGUCGAAACCGUUGUGCGCGUUGUAGACUCCCUCUUGUGCGAGCAGCAGUUCCAUUUGUUCCCCGUUCGAAAAAAGCCCUUCGUAACGCACCGUCAUCAUGGAUGAGGAAUACGACGCGAUCGUGCUCGGAACCGGCCUGAAGGAAUGCAUCCUCAGCGGAAUGCUGUCGGUGUCGGGCAAGAAAGUGUUGCACAUUGACCGAAACAAGUAUUACGGUGGCGAAUCGGCCUCGAUUACGCCCCUCGAGGAUUUGUUCUCGCGGUUCGCGGUGGAUCUGCCGGAGGGAAAGUAUGGCCGCGGCCGGGACUGGAACGUGGAUCUGAUUCCUAAAUUCCUGAUGGCCAACGGGCUGCUGGUGAAGCUGCUGAUACACACGGGUGUGACCCGUUACUUGGAGUUCAAGUCGGUGGAAGGAAGCUACGUUUACAAAGGGGGCAAAAUUUCCAAAGUUCCGGUCGAUCAGAAAGAGGCCCUUGCGUCGGAUUUGAUGGGCCUGUUUGAGAAACGCCGCUUCCGGAACUUCCUGAUCUACGUGCAGGACUUUGUCGCGGACGAUCCAAAAACAUGGAAGGACUUUGACCCAUCUACCAAGGACAUGCAGGCCUUGUACGAGAAGUUCGGACUAGAUAAGAGCACUCAAGAUUUCACCGGACACGCACUGGCCCUGUACCGCGAUGAUUCAUAUCUUACCGAACCGGCCAUCAAAACGAUCAAUCGCAUUAAGCUGUACUCGGAUUCGCUGGCACGUUACGGCAAGUCGCCGUAUCUCUACCCGAUGUACGGUUUGGGAGAGCUGCCCCAGGGCUUUGCCCGUCUAUCGGCCAUAUACGGCGGCACGUACAUGCUGGACAAGCCGAUCGAUGAGAUUGUGUACGACGCGAGCGGCAAGGUGGUCGGCGUACGUUCCGGCGAAGAAGUGGCCAAAUGCAAACAGGUCUACUGCGAUCCCACCUAUGUACCGAACAAGGUACGCAUCUCGGGAAAGGUUAUCCGAUGCAUUUGCUUGCUGGAUCAUCCGAUCCCAAACACGAAGGAUGCCCUCUCGACUCAGAUCAUCAUUCCACAGAUGCAGGUCGACCGCAAGUCGGACAUUUACGUAUCGCUCAUCAGCUCGACCCAUCAAGUAUCGGCCAAGGGUUGGUUCAUUGCCAUGGUAUCCACCACGGUCGAGACCGCCAAUCCCGAGGCGGAGAUUAAGCCCGGUCUCGAUCUGCUCGGGCCGAUCGCACAAAAGUUCAUGUCCAUCACGGACUACUACGAACCGACCGACGACGGUUUGCAGUCGCAGGUGUUCAUCUCGCAGUCGUACGAUGCAACCACACAUUUCGAGACCACCUGUCUGGAUGUGCUCGACAUCUUCAAGCGCGGCACUGGCGAGGACUUUGACUUUUCCAAAAUCAAGCAGGAACUUGGUGACGAGGAGCAGUAAGACGGUCCGGCAGCCCCUUGCAGGAACGCCAAAGUGGGUGUGUGAGUGUGUGUGUAUGCGUGACCGGAGAGAAAUUAAGCAAGCAACCAAUUGGGUGUGAGAGAACAGCAGUGGCGGCGGCUUCGAUGAUGGAGCAUGAAGGCGCGCAUGGAGGAGCCGAUGAAGCCAACACCUACCCUAUCAUUUAUCCAAUCAUUAUUCCAAUUAAGGCUUUUUUUUGUAAACUUUUACUUCUUACUUUGUGCUUCGAACGACCGUCAUGAGUAAACGCCGCAAUGCGCCGCCGUACAACCAGCAGCACGGAAAGUGAACGACCGUUCCUUGCUGGGAUGCAGUAGCGGACCGAUGCAUGGAUGGAUGUGAAGAUUAUCAGUACUUUUACUCGUUUGCGCUCCUCAAACGAUUCUAAAUGUGUUCCCCAACUAUCUCUACACCCGUCGCCCCCACACAUUUUCACCAUGUUUCUACCACCACGACUAGUUCAUUCGCACUCUUGGGGGCGGAAGACGUGUAAUAGAAAUCGCAAUCGAAUUGCUGGCGGUAUCUUGUUGCGAAGGAGCCCGGUACUCGCGCCGAUGCAACAACUUUCGUGGAUCGGCGCAUCCUAGCGAACUUGUGUUCGGAGAAGGCGUGCAAAAUUACUCUAUUAUACAUUAUCUCUUAUUAUGAAUGAUGAAUAAUCAAUAACAAAUCAGCCAAAAAGUAUGAAGAAAAAGACAUCCGGAUUACAAUCAGUACGCUGUAACUUCCAUUGCUGCUCGGUUGGAAGAGAAACAACCAUGAAUGAAAGAAAUGUUUGUAAAAAAACACACACACAUCGAAAAUCCAUCAUAAGAUUGCUAACCGCGACUGAGCUCAAUCGUCGAAGUGAAGUGGAACGUUAAAGGAGCAUAUUCUUAAUUUCAGUUAUUUACUACUUUGCUUAGCAAGAGUGGAUCGUCUCGGCAUGAUCGAUAUGAUCGUCGGAUCGUUUUGCAGUACGUUUCGUAGACAGUAAUGCUAUAAGCAGUUUUUGGGCUAGAGAAAAAUUAAACUUUCCUAUUUUUGUAUCGAGCGAAACAUGCGCGAAUGGUUCAGAUAGUACUCGAAUCUUCUGGCGUUAAGCUGUAUUCGGUCACAGUCAUAAGAAAUGUAGUUGCUUAAGAGUCAAUGAACAAAGAACAAUUAUGGUGCACGAAACUAUGCGAACCGGGAUGAUUGGUUUGAGAAGGACGGUUCUUGAGAGCCGAUGCCUGUACCUAUAACAAUGGACAUAGGUGCGUGUGUGUGUGUGUUUGUUUGUGUAACAACGAGUAGCAAAGAAUACAUGUUAUUAGCAACCGAAAGUAUAGAGUCACAACAUCAAAACACAUCAAAGUCAAAGGCAGCGCAAUAUCUAAAGUGUGCUCGGGUACAAUGCUGCCAACACAGUGUCCUAAAGCUAGUACUACAAGCUUUGAAGGAUUAUCAAGCUGUUAACAAACACACUACAAGCUAAUACCGUCGUGAAAUGGCUACAGGUGCAAGUAGUAGUUGAUGCAACGCAAAUCACAGUUUAAUCCGCCAAUUCAGUAAUAUCCAGAAUGACAGAACGGCAGCCACUACACGCGCACGCAUGUCGGGCAAAUGCGGCAAUUGCGAAAACAAAAACUAAAUGUGCAAAAUCACCCAACUAUGUGUGUUAGAAAUGCUAAACUCUCGUUCCAGCUUGUAACUGCAUGACCGAAAAGGAAACAAAUAAAUACAUUGUGUAACACACUG